AUGACUGUAUUAUUAGGCAUCCAGCAAGUAGAUCCAUGGCUGCAGUUCAAUCCACAUAUUCUCUCUGGUUAUCGUCCACGCAUGUCUACUCGUGCCGCCUUACGUUCCUUCUUUACUUGGCAUAAUGAAUCUCUUAACAUUUGGACUCAUGCAAUAGCGGCACUCUUUGUGCUUUACUUGACUCUUUAUCCUCCCCGUGUAGAUCCCACUACUUCAUUUAGUGUUAAUAAUAAUAAUAAUAAUAAUAAUAAUCAUAUUAAUAUUAAUAAUAAUAUAAAUGAUGUUAGUCUGGUAGGGGCUCCUCAUUAUCAUAGACCGCAGCAUAUAUAUGAAACGGGUUGGAUCUUAAGUUCUAAUCCCACUAUUGUUUUUCAAUCAACAUGUGUGAUUUUACUUUUCAUAUUUCUCUGCAGUGUCAGUUAUCAUCUUUUUAUGCCUUGUGUGCGUUCAGAAACUUCUUAUAGACGUUUAAUGAAUUGUGAUGUAUUAGGAGUCAUUACAUCUAUUACUGGUACUUCCUGGAGUUUUCUUUAUCAUGGAAAUGCCUGUAGUUUAGAUUGGAAUUUCCAUUCAGGUGUACUCCUCUCUUUACUAUUAAUUUCCUUUCUGCUGGUGACGUAUAGUGUGAUCUUUGCUGUUCAAUGCGGGGCAAAAGGACGAGCAAAGGCGAUUGGAUUUCAUUUAUUUCUUCGACUGGGUUUAAUGCUGUGGAUAGAAGUGCCAAAGGUCCAAUCGCAGGGAUAUCAUCAGGCAGUUAAUUAUCAUGUGUUGAGUUAUAUCUUUAUAAUGAUUGGAGGGAUUGUGAAUGCCCUACGCUUUCCAGAGAAAUAUAUGCGGCAUAUACCACGACCAUCAUCCUUAUCUUUAUUAUUAUCAACAACAACAACAACAGGAGGAGAAAGAGAAGAAGGAGAAGGAGGAAUAGUAUUAAAUUCACGAACAGAGGAGGGAGAAAAGAAUGGAACUCUUUUAAAACAUACAGAAGGAAAGACAAGUGAUAUGAUGAUAACGAUGAUGAUGACACGUUUUUGGCGUUGGUUUGGAUUUUAUGUGAUCUCCGGUGAAGAGAUUGAUUAUGCGUGGAAUAGUCAUAAUUUGUGGCAUUACUGUGUGAUUUUAAGUGCGACAUCUAUGCUGUUGUCUUGCUAUUAUGAUUUGGAAGAGUUUGAAUUGGCAAGGUGUUGA